UUUAAUUUAAUUGGAGUAAGUUUGCAAUAAUUAAAAACAAGAGUUUGUUGCAUACAAAAUAUUUCCAGUUAUUAUUAUUAUUUUUUUCGUUAAGACUUCAAUAAAAGCAAGAAAUGAAAGGUUAGCUCAAACCAGACAGUUUAGAUUUCACAGUUAGGCUUUUAACCCUUUCACCGUCGGAAUAAAAUAUGCGUGAUUAAAAUCAUGAUUUAAAGAGAUUAUUUUCAAGGGUAAGGUCAGCAAAUGUACACCACAUACACGAUACUUAAGCUUAAUGUAAAACCGAGCAAGUUAUUUAUUUUUUGACUAUUCAACGGAAAUAGUAAAGGGCUUUUGUAGACUUAUUUUACAGACUUUUCGGUAAUAAUUUUGAAAAAGUAAAAUCAUUAGUUAAGUGAAGCUCAUGCUGUCGGGUCAUUUUCAUUUCAUUGUGUUCAUGUUAAAGGUGCGAAAAUGAGUGUCUGUGAAUAUUUUCUGAAAAGCUAUCAAAAUUUAUCAAGCGAUGAUCAAUGGAUACAGAAAAGCAAUUCUUACGAUUUUGGUGAUUUUGAUAGCUGCAUAUCUACGAGAGAUAACAGUUCAAGUAUAGUUGGGAAGCAUUGUUUAAUAAAAUAUCAUGCAGAAAAUGUGAUACCAGUUAUACCACGCUUAAGCCCUCGAAAUCUUAAAUGGAAGAACAUUGAUGUUAGUUUUGGUGGUGCAGUUUGUGUUCCAAAUGAGUGUGGCAAUGAUGCAAUCAAAGCUAUAACAGAUCAGCUAUUCAAUGGAACAAUGUUGAGUCUGUCAACUGAUUAUGAGCAGGAAGAAUUUUGUCAAAUCCAAAAGCGAAUUAGUUUUACAAUUAGUGACUAUUUCGUAAUAUUUUUCAUACUUCUAUACCUAACUUCAAUACUUAUAAUCACAUGGAGAACAUUUGUUAAGAAAUCCAGCUCAAAACUUUUAUCGUCAUUUUCAAUCUUGGAAAAUUUAAAAUCACUUUUUGAAAAUGAAAGUUCAUCACUUCAUUAUUUGAAGCUAAUAAGGGCUAUGCUCUACAUUGGUCUAGUCUUCUUUCAUUCAGUUUUCAUUCGAGCUAAUUAUCCACUUGCUAAUUCAGAGAAGAUGUUGGAUUUCCAAAAAAGUGCUUUCUCAAAAUUAGUUUCAACAUUUCCAUUUGGAAUUACUGGAUUUUUUGUCAUCAGCAGUGCCCUUACAACGAAAAAGAUUCUUCAUUUGCUUGAUAAAAAAUCGCUGAACUUCUUUGUGAUGUUAAUUGAAAGAUAUCUUCGAACAAUCAUUGUGAUAGCUGUUUUAAUACUUUUGACCAUUUUCAUCAAUAAACUUCAUAUUUAUCAAGCUCCUUACUAUUUUCCUGAUCAACAAUCCAAAGAAUGCCGAGAAUAUUGGUGGACGACUCUGCUGCUGAUUCAAAACUAUUAUCAUCCAGCCACUACAGAAAUGUGCCUUCCACAAUGCUGGUUCCUAAGCGCGAACUUCCAAUUCUUCCUAUUAACUCCCCUAGUCAUUUAUCCAAUUUGGAAAUGGAAGCAAUCAGUGUUUUUAAUUAUUCCAGUUCUUUUAGGCUUAGCUCAAGCAUUUAUCUUACUUUUCGCAAUCGAAAAUGAGCAGCACUUGAAGAAAUUAAAUUUCUUUGCAAUAACAGAUCCACAUUAUGCCAAAUUCUACCUCCAGUCACAUUAUUUAGCAUCAGCAUGGAUUGUAGGCAUGAUUCUCGGUAUCAUAUUUCACAAAUGCAAAGAGAUUAAAAUGAAUUUACAUGUGAAAUGGUCACUUUAUGGAUUCAUAAUCUUCAUGCUGUUUAAGUUAUUCGCAUGGAAUUUCGUUUUUGGCGAUCUAAAGUUCAACAUUUUCUUAUUCACGAUUGACAGAUUGCUUGUUGCUCUUUUUGCUGGAACUGUUCUCUUUCUAAGCAAUUAUCUCCGUGGAGAUGCUAAGCUUACAAACUUAACGUCAACUAUGAAUAUCCCAAUUAAUUUACUGUGGAUCAUUGUUGAUCGUAUUGGAUUCUCAUUAUAUCUAGUCCAUCCAGCUGUUAUAAUCGGAACUGUUGUGAUUCGCAAACAGCCACUUACGUUAGAUCUUGUCCCAUUAUUUAUAGAUGCAGUUGGUGACUUAUUCAUAUCAAUCAUCCUGGCUAUUGCUCUUUACUUAAUUGUUGAAAUGCCGUUCAGAAAAAUUAUUAAGGAACUUUUAUCCAAAAGAAUUUCAUAUUCUAACGUUUGUCAACAAGUUUUAGAACUUAGAAAGAUAUAAUUUAUCGUUUUUAAACUUGUAAGCUGUAAACAUUUAUCGAGACUCAACACAUUGUUAUGUCAUAAUAAAAUCAUGAAUCUUUAAUCUUUUAAUUGCUUAAACUUGUAUUUAUCUACUUAGCUAGUCGUUACGGUUAUAAGUAAAAAGUUUUGAAUGAAUGAAACAUAAACAUACAUGAAUUAAAAUUUUAAAAAGGAACAAUGUGCUAAUUUUUGAAUGAAAAGUUCAUAUUUUCUAGUUUAAAGGCACUUUUACACUUGACGUCAUACUAUACAGCAUAAGCUGAUUGAAGUCAAAUCAGCUAAUGAGCUUUAAGUUAAGUGAUUUUUCUAACUAUAGCUUUCAAUAAAAAGCUAUUAAUUUGAGUUUUACUCCACAUGAUUAGGAGAUUAGGAAGUUAAACAUCCAAUACGAUUUUAAAGUAAACAUGAAAUAAUAAAUUAACAGUUAUUCAAAAAAUAAAGUCAUCCUAAAUAAUAAUUAAACGUAAUGACGAUAAUUUGCGAAAUCAGCAAGAAGAAUCUGAUAAUAAAAAGGUUGAUUGAUGUGCUCACGAAAAAUGUUAUGAAACAAGACACCAUCAAAGUUGAGAAGCUUCUAAUAAAGAAACUUUAGUUGAAAAUCUCAUUAAAAGUGAUAAGAUAAACUUACCGUUAGACUUUUCAAUCCUGUAAUUUCCAGACAUCUUGUGACAUGAUAAUGACAAUAUGAGAAUAUCAUCGAUACAUAAAAUGCUCGUGGAUGAAGAAUUUCAGGAGCAGACAGUUCUUCAGGAACAUCUCCGUUUUCAACAUGCUUAAUUGACAGCAAAAUAAUAUCAGCUUCAAUAACAUCAAUUAAUCCUUCAUGUACCAUAUAAAUUAAUGCCAAAACAUCCAGAAAUAUAUUUUGAGGAAUUGAUUCAAAGUUAAUAUGAUUAUCUUUCUGCUCACAGAUCAGCCAUUUAAGUAAUUUAAACCUAAGUUCAUCAUGUUCUGGAUAUUGGAGUCGAUCCAAAAGUUCAAUCAAUGGUGGCUGCUUAAAUUUUGGAAUUAUUGGAUUAAAGCUGAUCAUUUCAUAUUUUUCAUCAGCAUGAGACAUUUUUGAGCAUAUUCUAUAUCGUCGAAAUGGUUUAUCCUUUAAGAUUAUGCCAAUUUCCUUUCUAAACAAGCAGUUGACAGUCGUAAAAAAGUUAUUUGAACGUUCAUGAUCAAAAUAGUUAAAAGUAAGCUUGACAGUCAUGUGACUCAAAAUUGAAUGCACAAAAUAAUAGGAUUUUUGCCGACAGUAGACCAUCGUUGCAUCCUCA